AUGCAAAACGAAGAAUGGAAAGUUGUUUCGAAAAGAAUGGCAGUAAAACCUGCAAGAAUACCACCAACGAUAAAAAAACAUAAUUUUCAGUAUCUAAAUAAAGAUUUUAAAAAAAAGGAUCGUAGUAAAAAUGCGAUGCAGAAUUCGUCCGAGAAUGUGAUCUAUUUUAUAGAGGAGAAAAUGCAGGCAUUAAAAAAAAGUGAAUUUUUUCAGGAAUUGAAAAAGAUUAUCGAUUUCCAACUUCUUCCGCCAAAUCGUCCAGCACUUGUUGAUAUAGUAUGCUACGGAAUCGGAAGCAUCGAAAAAUCCUGCACAUCACAAUAUCAAUUCGCAUUAAUGUUGCUUUUUAAGAACUUAUUUCAGAUAAUAGGAAAAAUAUAUGCGUAUGAUCCUAUUUUUUCCCAAGUUGAUACUGAAGUUUUGACUCAUUAUAAUAUUGAAUCAAUUAAAAUCAACGAGAAGGCGAAACGCGUUGUCACUAAUCAAACCUUAUUUUAUAUGCCGCAUUGUCCACUCGGAUUAUAUAAUAAUUUGAUCGAGGCCAAUUGGGACAGAAUAAAACUAAAAGAUGUCAUUAUCGUUGGAAAUCGAUUUGAUUUUUAUAAUGAAAGUUCUUGUGUCUUUUACGCUUUAAAGAUUCUCAAAAUUCAUCUUUUCCCUUCGACUACUAUUCAAUCUCCUGCGAUACCAGACAAUACAUUUAACGACUUAUGUUGGCAAUGGUUUCCAAUCGACAGGGUAGAUUCGUAUAAAGAAGAUAGUGAAUUUUGGAUCUUGAAACGAGAAUCGAAUGAAGAUCAAGAAAUUAUCUAG